AUGGGUUCGCUGGCAUAUCUGUCUACGCCACUUCAGCUCUUCAACGAGCGUGCCGCCAAGGAUGGCUUCAUGCUUAGAUGGUGGCUCAAUGAUACCUCCGAGACGUCUUUCAGCGGCAUGCAAGGAUCCGGCACCGAGCUCACCGAGUCCACCACCGGUGUGGCCGAGGACUCGGAUGCCUGUGUUGUCUUCCUCAAUGCCUCGGGCGGCGAGGGCGCCGACCGCACGGAGUUAACCAAUGCUGACCAGGACACGCUCGUGAACACCGUCGCUGAUGUCUGUAACAACACCAUUGUGGUGAUCAACACUGUUGGUCCCCGCUUGGUCGACGCUUGGGUUGAGCACGAGAAUGUCACUGGUGUGCUGUAUGCUGGUGCGCUGGGCCAAGAGUCUGGAAACGCGAUUGACGACGUUCUCUUCGGAGUUGUCAACCCCUCUGGUAGACUCGUUCACACCAUUGCCAAAAAUGAGAGCGACUACAACCCGGACACGAUGAUUAGUGAGACGGAGCUGAACCUGGAUUAUUCGGAUGGCAACUACAUCGACUACAAAUACUUUGACCAGUAUAACAUCACGCCUCGGUACGAGUACGGAUACGGCUUGUCUUACACCACUUUCGACUACUCUUCUGAGGUCAAGACUGAAGCCUCCCCUAAGCUUACCAGCGGUUACGCAACGGGGGACAAGGCAGUCGGUGGCCGCGAGGAUCUCUGGGACAUUGUGGCAACUGUCUCUACUACCAUCAUGAAUACCGGUCCUCUGCAAGGCGCCGAGGUAGCCCAGAUGUACAUCUCUUUCCCCGAAGCAGCUGGAGAGCCAGUCAGGCAAUUGCGUGGGUUCCAGAAGGUCGUGAUCUGUUCUGGAGAGAAAUCUGAGGUGGCUUUCUCGCUGAGAUGGAGGGAUUUGAGUGUCUGGGACGUUGCUGCGCAAGAGUGGAAGGUUGAAAGCGGAGAGCACACGCUUUACGUUGGCUCUAGCAGCAGAAACUUCAAGGCCCAGACUACGUUGAGAGUUGACUAG